GCUGAUGCUGAGGAACAAGGGGAUGAAAUUGAUCGUUAUGAUGAGGAAUUCUUGAAGCUUUCCCAGCGGCUUCAGGAGCAGGCGAGAGCCCUGAAAACCGUGGAGAAGACUAAGAUGCUGAGAUCCAGAAGACACAGCCAACGGGAGUCGCUUGCUUUCAUAGACGAACCGUACGACGACGGCAUCACAAAGUCUUUUGGUCGAAGCGCUGGCAAUUUUCGACCGAAACCUGUCAACACCACGUUCUUCGAUGUGCCUGGGGUUCCCCGAGCUGACCUUCAGGAUUUUAUCAAGUAUUUUGAGAGUAGUGAAGGAAUAGCGGGUGGAGAUGACAGCGAUGGGGACGAGGAUGACUCCACUGAGAUUGAUUUGGGAGAUUACAGCGAUAUUCCGUAUUGGCGAAUUGCUGCCGAUUUCUACGGGUUCAAGAGACCCGAAAGGCUUGAUGUGAAGAAACCCGGGCCGUACUUCUCCACGAAUAACUAUGCCUUCAGGGUGGCUACCAUCGCACCUGAGGAGGUCAGGAGGAAUUUCGUCAAGAAGGAACAGGAGUUCAUGGCUGGAAAGGACAUUACAAUGCUGAGUCCAUCGCACGUUGAUGUCGAUCGUGUAGAUAUCGAUCACGUCUUCAUCAAAUUCGACAAGGAGAUCCGGCAUUGGAUCGAUGGCGAGAUUAUUACGAAAUCAGUCGCGAAACUUCUCGGACUGGAAAUGAACGAUCUGACGGAAACUCGAGUCGGCAGGGCGGAAGUCAUCUUCACAGUUAUGCCGAAUAAACUCAAUAUGAACUCGACUCAAAUCGUUGCCUCAUUAUCAACUAUUCGCCAGGAUCUCGAGAAGAUUGGGAGUAUGAGACUGACGGAAGCGGGAAUCGGGGACAAGAUACAAAUACCGUUGGUGACAUUCUCCCAAGUGGAAAUGGCACAGCCAGAUUCCCAGAAUGUCAUCGAGAUAAUAGCGUACGUGGUAUUGGGUGCUGUGGCAGCUGCAUCGAUUGUUCUGGUGAUAAUAGUCCGUCGUCAAUCUAAGACGAGGAGGAAACUCGCGGGUCUGGCAACACCGGAUCCAGAGGCAUCUAAGGACUAUCAGGAAUUGUGCAGAGCCCGGAUGCAGGCGAAAGUACCAGCGAUGUCAUCGGAGAAACCAGAGUCACCAAGAAUAAUCAGUCUAUCCAAGGAGAGUGAGUCCAAUCGAUCGAGCACCAGCUCAUGGGGUGGAGAUGAUCCUGCUGCACUCACCAAUAUGGACAUUGCUACUGGCCAUAUGGUUUUGAUGUACAUGGAGGACCACUUGAAGAAUAAAGAUCGUUUGGAUCAAGAGUGGGCAGCGAUUUGCGCCUACCAGACAGAUCCAUCAUCGAUUGCAAUCGCCACGGACAAUGAUAACAUCCAGAAAAAUCGUCCAGCUUCAGCUUUUCCGUACGACCACUCCAGGAUUAUUCUAAAUGAUCUGUCGAAUCUCAACAACUCGGACUACAUCAACGCUUCAACAAUCGUAACAUAGACGGAUCAUGAUCCUCGUAAUCCUGCGUACAUCGCCACCCAGGGACCUCUUCCCCAGACAUCAGCUGAUUUUUGGCAAUUGGUUUGGGAGCAAGGAAGCGUUGUGAUCGUGAUGCUGACACGUUUGACAGAGGAGGGACAGGCAAUGUGUCACAGAUAUUGGCCAGAGGAAGGAUCUGAGCUGUACCACAUCUACGAGGUUCACCUCGUCUCCGAACAUAUCUGGUGCGAUGAUUAUCUGGUCCGAUCCUUCUACCUCAAGAAUUUGAGAACCGGCGAAACUAGAACUGUCACACAAUUUCAUUUCCUAUCGUGGCCAGAGAAUGGGGUGCCCCAAUCCACCAAAGCAUUGCUCGAAUUCAGGAGAAAAGUCAAUAAGUCGUACCGAGGAAGGAGUUGUCCCAUCGUUGUUCAUUGCAGCAAUGGGGCGGGGAGGACUGGCACUUAUUGUUUAAUUGACAUGGUCCUCAAUCGAAUGGCGAAAGGAGCUAAGGAAAUCGAUAUAGCAGCUGCUCUAGAGCAUAUCAGAGACCAACGCCCAGGAAUGGUAUCUACCAAGCAGCAAUUUGAAUUUGUUCUAGUCGCAGUAGCUGAGGAGGUGCAUGCCAUCCUCAAGGCCCUUCCUGUACAACCAACAGAAAAGUCCCAGAAUACGUCAACUCCAUCCUCAUCAGGAUCUGAUAAAUAAAAACGAUAAUCCCCCGUCGAAUUAUCAUUUAUCUCGACCUCUGAAAUACUGAAUUAAUCAAAUCC